AUGACGUGCCAAGCCAGGACAUCCUACACUGAGGAUGAGGUGCUCUGGGGUCAUCGGUUCUUCCCUGUCAUCUCCUUGGAAGAGGGGUUCUUCAAAGUUGAUUACUCCCAGUUCCACGCCACGUUUGAGGUGCCCACCCCACCCUACAGCGUGAAGGAGCAGGAGGAGAUGCUGCUCAUGUCCUCUCCCUUGAUAGCCCCCGCUGUGAGCAACAGCAAGGAAAGGAACAACUCAGUGGAGUGCCUGGAUGGGCUGGAUGAAGUUGGCACAAAACUGCCUUCAAAACUGCAGAAAAUAACCGGGAGGGAAGACUUCCCCAAAAAACUCCUCAGGAUGAGUUCCACCACCUCUGAGAAGGCCUACAGCAUGGGAGAUUUACCCAUGAAACUCCAGCGGAUCAGCUCGGUCCCGGGGAACUCAGAGGAGAAACUGGUGUCUAAGACCACCAAGAUGAUGUCGGAUCCCAUGAGCCAGUCGGUGGCCGACCUCCCUCCCAAGCUGCAGAAGCUGUCGGGGGGUGGUGGCCGGAUGGAAGGCAACCUUCCCCCCAAACUGCGAAAAAUGAAUUCGGAUCGUUUCACAUAACCCGGCGGGGCCUGGAGCUGCCGAGUCGAGCUUGAACUUCUGCUGGUGAGGAGCAGGGUGGGCCAGGAGAGUGGACACCCCCCCAGCUCCCUGACCAGCCCGAGGUGUCCUGAACUCUGUGUGGUCCCCUGUAGAGCAUCCCCAGGGGAUGUUCCUACUGUAAGUAGGAACCCGGGGACGACGGGGCGAGCGGAUGUUCGUUGGCAUGUAGUUAUCACAACGCGCAUGCAAUAAUAGUGUGCAAUUUUUGCAUAUAGUUUUACGGCAUGACUCCUAUUAUAUUUAUACUGUAUAUUCUCCAAAAAAAAAAAAAAAAAAUACGGGAAGGGGCGUUCCUUUCCCCUGUAUUUCUUAAAGAGUAAGUGGUAGGUAAAACAUGCGAGUGGGUAACUUUCAGGGUAAGUUAUAAUUUGAUUUGAAAAUGGUUUGGUUUGGUUUUUUUUUUUUUUCUGAUGUGGAUUGUGAUGUUUUGUUCAACAAAGUAGUUAUGGUGCAUGGCAUUUUUCUUAAAAGAAAGGUGUAUUAGUUGAUUCCUCACACCAAAUCUGCUAGCCUUAAAUGAACCGCUGGUUUCUAUUUUGCUUUAACGUUUUCUUGGGGUUUCUUUUCCUGCGUCUAGGCUACCCAAAAAGAGUUCAAAUGUAUUUCAUAAGGCAUUGUUUAGAGGAGAAACUUGUACUAAUAAGCCUAGGCAAAGCACUCAAUAAAUGAGUAAAACUCACAAUUUAGAUACAAUUAGUAAAGAUUUUUUUAAAAUCUUCGUGAUUUAUAAUAUAUGUGCAAGAAACCCAUUUUAAGCAAGCAGGACAAGCUUGAUUUCUCCUGUUGGCAGAAUAACUAAACGUGAAAAGAGCUGAAUGUCUCCACGAAGCCAAGCAGGGGUUAACUCUGGAUGAACUGCACCCCAAAGGCUGAGUUAGUUCCCCCUGAGUCCCGCAGUGCCCACGUUUCUCUCCCUGGGUUUUGCCAGCUGGUGGUGAUGCCAGGGAUGGUCCCAAGCCUGGGCAGGCACGUUGCUGCCUUGCGCCUUACUGCUUUCUCUGUGGUGAAAAUGAUGUUUAAACAUGUUCUUAACUGAAGUUGACCCUGUGGGUUUCAAAAUGAGUAAUACUUUGUAUAAAUGUUUGGUUGGAUGUCCUUCCGCCCUUGUGUUUGGGUUUCCUCUUCCACCUUGUUUCGCCCUGGGAGGGGUUUGAGCUGGGAGGGCUGGGGUGCGGGUGUCCCCAUCACUGUGGUUUUCACUGCUGGAGCACCCCAAAAUGUGGGAGGUCAGCUGUUGUGGUGCCUGAGGACACCCGUGGUCCAUGGUCUGGGUUGCGGGUUCAAGUCAUGAUUGCUUCCCAGGGGCUUCUUCAUGGAGGAGAAGGUCUGGGUGAGAUGGAGCGAUGGGCAACACGGAUGGGGAGGUGGGUAUGAAACCCACCACCACCAGCAGGUAGGAGAGGGCUCUGUGUGACACCCUGGAGACCAAAGCCAGGGGGCAUGGCCAGACGUGGAGCAGGAGGUGUCCCAUGGCUCCAGUGGUGGCCAGAUACUUCUGACACACAGGCUCUGGACCAUCCUGCACCGAUGCUGAUGCUUGCUGCAUAACAGGUAACAACAGAUCUGAUGAUCUUUGAGGAAAAAUAAUUGUUUUUGUUCCAAAUGUUGGCAUGGAGUAAGAGCUUGGAAGCUCAGCUUGGCUGAGGGUUGGCUCGGACACGGCUGGGCUCAGGGCUUUCCCUGGAAUUGCAGUGUGCGACCCAUCGGUUGUACCCCCAAGGACUUUAUACUUGACUUCCAAAGUUUCUUUUCAUCGUUGAUCAUGGGGUUUGGGUGGCACUGCAUGCUUUUUACACCUCCGCCUGGACUGCAAGUCUCUGCUCGUUGCUGUGGAAGGGCAGGGCGUGCUGAUGUUGUCCUCUCCACGCGUGGUGAGCAGAUUGCUGAUGCAGCAAGGUGAAACCCGGACUUUUGCCCGCAUUUGCUAACACUUCCUCAGGUUGCCUUGUAAAAUACCGCUGAUUUUUGUACCACUCUUCUACCAGUCCUUGACUGACAGCAGAAAUAGCCAUGUGCAAUUGCCAUGUGUCAAGAGUAAAACCACCACCGAGACCAACCCAGAGACCCAAGAACAUUAAUUAGCAUGGUGAGAUGGUUUAGAAGACAGGGUCUCCAGCAGCUCUCCUCAAACCCCCCUUUGGUUUAUCCAUGGUGGAUGGAGGACCACUGAGAUGCUGCCGGAGCUUGACCCAUUGUCCCACUCGGUGACACUGCUCUGGUGUCCCCAUUUUUGUGGCUCAGGUACCAAAAAGUGCAGCUUUGAGCUGGUAUCUCCAUCCCGGGACAUCAAGGUCCCACCUGGUGGCUGCCCAUUUUUGCCCAGGUCUCCCACCAGCUGCGGGGGUGGCUCAUGGUCCAGUUGACAUUUCUUUAUGGAAAAGUAGAUGUGACGUGUCCCCAGACUGGGAGCAAUGGUAUUUCACCAGCUGUGCCCUGUGGCCACCAGCAUCUUCCCACCUAUGGGGUGACCCCAGGUCCUGGCUUCAGGAGGGCCAAGGGGCGGUUUUCUUUGGGAAACUAUGGGUGAAUCUGUGUACGAGACUGAACUAAUUAGCAGUGUGGAUGUGUUCUACAAAUUGAACUUAAAAUAGGUGACAGGGAGAAGUGUCAUAGCUGUAAAAUAUAUUGUCAACCUGAGUGGCUGCAGCCUCCUCAGUAGCCUCUAUAAACCCAUCCUAAAGUAUGUGAAAGUGUCCUCACUUUUAUUUAAGUUAAUGCCAUAGAAAAUACUAAGUUAUGAUUAUCUGAGAAGCUUUAUUUUAUUUUAUUUUAUUUUUUUAAAUCAAAAUCUGCGUACGUGUCUGUCAUUAACCAGAGUGAAAGUACAGGCACGGAUGGUAACUUUCUUUAGUGACUCAUUUUAGGAAGUUAUUUCUGGUUACUCUUUCAUUUUUUAUUGGUGUGGUUGGUGUGGCCACUUUUUUUUUUAUUUUUUAUUUUCUCCUAAUUAACAUUUUAGCCCAGCCCUAACGCUUAUGCUAAGAAGAAGUGAACUGUUUGAUUGCACAGCCGGUCUGUGUUCUCUACUGCUGAAUUAAUGCUUGAAUUAUAUUGUAAAUUGUACAUAUUCAGAUUAGAACAAACUAAAAGCAUUUUCUGGCAUGCAGUCUAUAACUGUAUAAAUGUACAAGUUUAUUUGGAUUAUACAGAAUAACAAACUCUUGUAUUCAUUAAUACUGCAAGCUCAGUUUUAUCUAAAGCUCUAUUAAACUUUCAAAAAUUGUUCGGUUUAAAGCUGUUUGUCUUUUCUCCGGUCCACUUUUCAGUACUUUAAUAAAUGGCGAUGUCUUUAA